CUGUGUUUUAUUUUGUAGGGUGGGUAUCCCAGGUUUCCGGUUUUAGGUUUAUGCAACUGGCCUACAGGACAGGCUGUGUUAUCAAACUGAGUCCUGCGGUUGUCAUAGUCAGAUCACGUGUGGACAGAUGAGGGGAAGCUGCUGACAGCAUCAUUUUCAAUGGGAGCACACUGAAAGGUCUUCAGUGUAGAACCUCAGACAUUUCCCAUCAUGCAACUGGAGGCUAAGCUGCGUCUAUGUCAGAGUUGUCUUUGGUGCUACAAGAGCGGGCUGCGUCUGCUCUCCCAGAGCUAUGCUCACAGAAAAGCUGUGAACUACUACGAUCUACUCGACGUCAAAUCUGAUGCCUCCUUGGAGGAAAUAAAAAAUGCAUUUUUCAACAAAUCUAAAAAGCUGCACCCAGACAGCGACCUCUCCAACCCGGCGCUGCACGGCCAGUUUGUGGAGCUGAGCGAAGCGUACCGAGUGCUGAGCAAAGGGCCGAGCAGGAAGGAGUAUGACUUCAAAAUCAGGCAUACGUACAGUGGAGGCCAGGCCUUCAGAUCCACUGCCAGCUACACCAGCUACACCAGCUACAAAGCAAGCGCGGAACAGCAGGAUAACUUUCGUUACUGGAACCAGUUCCGUCAGGCUCGAGCACAGGAGACACCGGGAGAGGAGUGGCAGAAGAGGAGGAGGAAGAACUUCCAGCUGGUGGGAUACUGCUUACUCACCAUGCUGUUCGGCAUUGGAGUCCACGUGAUCUUCUUCAGGAAACUGGAACAAAUUCACAAUGCCUUCAUGGACGAGAAAGAUCGAGUCAUCAACGACAUUUACAAUGAAUCCAAAGAGAGGGCCAAGGUCAACGGAUUCAAAAAACAGACUGAAAUCCUGCGACAGAGACAUGCUGAGUUUCUGGAGAAAUACAAACUCAGAAAAGAUGGAGAGGACAAGUAGGAGAGUCUCCAGCGGUGCUCUGUGAUGAUGCCAGCAGGUGGUAGGCAGCGGCAGACUGGAUGUGGUGCUUUUUUAAGGAUUUUUAAUUUUUUUCUCUGUGUUUGUCCUCAGUUGUGAUGCUGAGGGCUUGAAGAGACACAGAUCAUGGGGUGUGAUGUGGGAGAGUUUAAUCUGGUCAUUCAGGUGUUUUCUUUUACCCCGAGGCUGAGCUGCACAUCGGACUGGAACGGCCCGUUGAACAUGUUAUACCUCAGUCAGUAAACAGGGGCCAGUCUGUACACAAACCUCUCUCCUGUUUGUCCAAAGGAACUUCAAUGAACUGAAUUAACUCUCAGGAACAUGGUAUUUAUUAUCCUUCUUAUUGGUGUGUUAUUGGGGCUCACAGAUGACGGCGAAUUAUAUCAGAUAUGAGCGGUUGCUAAGACUAUAGUGGAAAUCACUGAAAGGUUAUCUGAAUAAUUUGUGUGUGAAAUAGGCCUAACAUGUAAUGCAAAUGUGUUAUUUGCUGAAAGAUUGUCCCAUUGAUUGAAAUCAUGAAUUGUUUAGCACAUGAGGACGCUCCAUAAUGUUCUCUUAGGUUUGAUGGGACAGAUCGGGGGGGUUGUUGUGAGGAGCAUGAAGUGUACAAAGUCAAACAAUUAUGGUUUGUCAAGGAACAUGGUUUAAAUAUGCCAAAUGUCUGUUGGAUCUUUAUCAUCACAGUCAUACUCCUCAUUUUUCUCUUGCCCGACCCUGUGUGUUACUGCAGAAAUGCAACACCACGCAUCAUAAAAAGAUCCUCCAUUUGAAAAGGAGUCAGAUCGCUAUUAUGACUUGAAACCAGGGAGAACAAGUCUUUUACAUUUAUUCAACUAUUGUUGUAAUGCGUCUUUAAAACGGCCACUUUUAAAAGGAAAGCAAGUCACAGGAUAUUUCAUCAUUAACCACUUCUCCUUACAGUUUUAAAUAUUAGAGAUUGUUUUUCUGUUUUAAUCUGCUUUACAUACUGUAUUCCCUGAAGGGAUGUCAGAGGGAAAUUAUUAAAAUACUUUUUCUCAUCAA